AGAUGAAAGUUCCUGUCUGAACAUUAAACGCUAUUUGUCAACACAUGAUGACACAAGAACUGCUGUCAGCUGUGGCAGAGUUUUAGGUAAUCGGAUCUACACCUCCAAACUUUGAGAAGAAGAAGAAGCGAAGAGUUACUCAUUGACCAAAGAUGCAAAGGUCCGACUGAAGAUUAGAAGUUGACAAGAUGCGAUCCAGUGUGGAUGGACACCCUAGUGGAGGGGGUUCUGGCAGCAGUAACAAUAACAACACCAACAGCAAUGCAAACAGUGGAAACUCAGGCUCCCAGUAUGCACUUUGUGCUCUGGGGGUUGGGCUUGUUGCCCUCGGUAUUGUGAUGAUCGUGUGGAGCGUGGUACCUGCAGAUGCAGCUGGAAAUAACAGCAGCAGUUCAGGAGGACAUGGCGAUACCAGUGGCAGGAAAAAUAAAGCAUCGUCUAUUGCUUUUGUCCUAGUGGGGUCUGGGGUGUUCAUGUUGCUGCUUUCCCUAUGUCUGGGGAUGAGGAACAAACAGCGGGAGCAGCUGAGGCUCCAGCAGGCUCAGAACAAUGGAGGAAAUACAGCUGGGCGGCAGGAAAACGGAGAAACAGCUGAGGAACAGGCCCAGCGUUUUGCUGUACCGUCCUAUGAAGAGGCAGUCUGCAGUGGCCAGUACCCUGUCCGUCAGAGUAACCUUCGUCCAAGCAACUCCCAGCUACCCUCUUAUGAUGACCUAGUCCAAGUGGAUAGUGUACAGUAUGAAUGCGAGGGGUCCGAGGUUGGGACUGCUGGAUUACAACCUGCUCCAGCCUCUGGUGCUCCAACUGCUGCUGCUGCUGCCACAUCAAAUCGUAAACCUGGAAAAAACACCCGCAAACUCCUACCUAUCAAGAUCCGGAGGAUUAAAUCAGAAAAGAUGCACAUGAAAAACAUUGAUAACUCACAACCAGCAGCUGGAAUCAGUAUAGAACCACUUACCCCACCACCGCAGUAUGAGGAUAAAGUGCCUCCAAUUUAAGAUCAAUCUUCUCAUAUUUAAAACAAUCGACUGAAAUCCUGGAAAUCUCCCGUGAUCACCUUUCGUGGAUCUGGAUAUGCCUUGUAAAGCCAAGACUUGAAGAUGGUUCAUUUUGCUGAACAUUUUAUUGGAGGCACUUUGAUUUGAGAUACUCUAUCUGUCAAUCAUGCCACUUCACUCCAAAGCACUGACUGAAGCCUUUAUUUUUUUAAAUAUAUGAUCUAACUGGACAUCUGCAAGCAGAUAGAGACAGAUCAUGAUGGACAUGCUGAUGUCGGUGGAUCCUUUUUUACGUGACUCAGUCACACUGGGGCUCAUUGGGCUACAAGCACACACUUAAACUGUUUUUCUGAAGCUAAAGUACUUCUUAACUUCUUGCUUAUGCAAUAUCUGUAUGACACGAACCUCCUCUGUUCACGUGAGUUUAAAGUUGAACAGAUCAUGAGAUAUCAUUGAACGGUCUUAGAGAGGAUUUGUAAGGACACUUAAAUAGAUGCGUGCAAGGCGCUCAUUUCUUUUUUUACAAGUAGCUGCUGUUGAGGCAUCGUAUCACCUUUGAGGCUUUACAUUGAUACUGCCAUUUUUCAUUCAAUGUUUGCAAUACUGCCUCCUCUUGGAGAGUCUGCAUGAGUUUCAACAAUGCUGUCGUUCUGCUCUACUUUUAUGUUAGCUUCUGUUUAACUAGCCUUUGGUUCAGAGAGUUUCCUUCAUUUGUUAGAUUAAAGGAAAACAACUGGAAAAAACAGGUACAAGGUUUCCUAAGAUGCUGUGUCACUGAAAACACCAUAUAAGAAUAUUUCAUUUUCGUCAAAACUUAGUUAGCAUUUAAGAACCAUAGCUCACAUGACUGUUAGCUGUCACUGUCCCAAAACAUAUAGGAGCCUCCUAAAUGUUCAGUAGAGCAGUGCAUUUAUUUUACAAAAGAGAAACCCUAGUUUAAUGUCAAAAACAUGAGUUUAGGAACAAGACUAGUUUGAACUUUUGUUGGUAUGUCUUAACUUACAUGGUCCAAAGUAAGUAAAUUGUUGAGUUUAGUGCUAUUUGAGUCAUAUAAGAUGUUAAAAACAGAAAAAACAAACCCCCAGAAAUGAAGCCCUAAUUUACCAUCAUACCAUGAAUUUUAUGGCUGAUGAGUGAGCAAUGUCUGGAUAGCUAAAAGUAGCUACAGAAUGAUAUUAGCAUGCCAUUGUGGACAUUUUUUGGUAGAUACAAUUCUGAGAUUUUUAUUCUGGUUUUGAUUCCAGUAACUCCUGGGAAAAACAGUCGUGUCAUUUUCAUGUGAAAUACUCAACCCCCUUGUGUCUUGUUUAUGCUGGCUUUCAAACAGCCUAAGGGAAUAUAUAGGGAAACUUAUGGGAAAAUCUUAGUAGAUCUAAUGGCUGAAAGUUAUUUUUACAAAUGUUAGUGCAGCACCUUAGUUUCUGGGAAGGAACCAUUUGAAAGAGGCUGAAGGUCUCAUUUUAUGGCCUCUUUAAGGAGUGGUAAUUCUAACUGGCUGCUGCCCUGAGUUAGCCCUGCAGUCACACACAAUGAGAAACACUUAGUUGCCUUUGUGUUGAGAACAGCACUAUUGCUCUUCCUAAAACAUUUCUAAAGACACCGUAUGACUGUACAUGAGCUCUGAUGUUACUACUCUUUUACAGUUUUGCUUGCAAACAGAUGUCAGAGCAGAACGUUUGAGAGCACGACUGAAGAAUCUUAUGAAUAGUUGAAAGCCUCUGCUCUGUCGCCAUGGUGAAAACUGUUAAGCUGUGAAGACAGUUAGUGUAUUCUCUGCUUCUCUUCGGGCCCUUUCUUGAUUCUAACUCGAGAUGUCCAACAGAAAGACUCUUUGACUGUGCAGCUGCGCCAUAAUAACAGCAGCCAUGGCUCGCUCGCUUGCUCAUCACUCAGUCAUUCCUUCAUUCCUUCUAUCACAGCCUGACUUGAGUUGCUGCCCUUGUUUUACUUGGAAAUAUGCAGGGAAUGAGCAGAAAGAGAGCUUAUGGCAAUGUUCAGAAAAACUGUUUGAGUUCCAUCUUAGCACUAUAAAGACCUGUCAACAAACUCCUCUCUUCUUCAGGUUAGACUUGUUUGAAUAUUAACAGCUGAGACCAAAUCAAAGCUUAUUAGUCAUUCAAUAAAAUGUUAAAAAUUUAUAUUUUUACAUAACAAAGAUUUGCUGUCUUUUAAUUUGUUGGGCACUUUUCAUUAGUGACUUCUCCGUCCAUAUCUCCACUUUGUUUGGGUAAAACUCAGUGUGAUGCAAAAUGUUUCUCAAUCACUGUCAGCUGGUUAUAUAAUAUAUUAUCAGGUUUUCUGUCAAGUAAAAGGUAACAAGGUCAAUGAAUAACUCCAGGUUUGUCACUGGAAUACAUGACAGCUAUGUCUUCAUUUUCAUUUUGAAGUUUAAACCACACUGUUUUAUUUUGGUUCAGUAGCUUCAGUACUGGAGACAUAGUAGUUGUACCUCAUUCGCAAAGGACCAGUAAACUACAUGAGUGAUUUCAUAACUUUGUAGUUGAAAUGUUUUACAUUGACCAAAACAGUGAGUGUUUCAAUGUAGCACUCACUUUCUGUUUUACUUUGAAGAGUGCCUGAAGCACAUUCUAUCUGUCAUCAGUGUCAUUUAUUCUCUUUUAUCACUUCAAUCUGUAUUUCUUUUAUAUGUACUGUGAAGAGAUGCUUUUCUAUGGUGACUCAAGUUUGCCUUUUGUACACGAGUUUCUUCAGAAGAGUGAAAACAAAUGUAUCUCAUGAAUAUUUUAUGAGAAAUAAAAGGAAGAAUUUGUUAAUUA